AUGCCGAGGCCUUCUUGCACAGAUGAAUCUGACUCCGAAUCUGACUCCUCUACAUGUUCUAGCUCCUCGGAUGAUGAGGAUUCGCUCAACACUCGAAUAAUCCCCAACUGGUGCAGCUAUCGCCACAUCAUACAACGCCGCGGCUUCCGACUUGAUACAUGCCGCGAUGUCAAACAAUUUUACCAACGCUAUUGGGAGGGGCUGCUCGCGCAAGGCUGUGAUGUAUCGAGGGAUCUUCCUGGUUAUCUUCGCGCAUGCAACGGCCAAGACGAUAAUGAUCUGUGCAAAGAUGUCGGUCUGCCAGAAAAUCUCUUCCGGGGCACCUGUUGUGCAGAUGGCUCACCUGUAGUGGUCAAAGCUGUCAGAACGUGUAGUCGUGAAUACGACAUCGUGCGCUGCAUGUCCACAUCUCCUUUACGAAAGCACCCCAUGAACCAUUGUAUACCCGUACUAGAUUCUAUAGAAGUCCUUGACGACGGCAUUGCUUUUAUUGUUAUGGAGGAAUGGUCUCCGCAUCUUUCCACCGAUCCUCCAUAUACGUUACGAUGCUUUCUUGGCACUAUGCGACAGCAUCUUGAGCACAUCGCUUUCAUGCAUGCACACCACAUUGCUCAUCUCGACAUCUCCUUGCGCAACAUCCUGACAGAUAACCACACCCGUUAUGCAUGCAUCGACUUUGAGUGUAGUCGUCGCUUUGAGAAUGUCUCAUGCCCUCGAAUCAGGUGCCAUCGUGCUGCUGAGAUACCUCCGGAAAUCGAGCGGGGCGAAUGGAGCGAUCCUUAUAAAGUGGACGUCUGGGCGUCAGGCAUCCUAAUACUGCGAGCCGCGAAACUGACAGGAUACGACAUCGCAGAGCUACAGCCCUUGAUCGCAAGGAUGCUUCACUCUGAUUACGAAUGCAGGCCAACGGCCAAGGAUGCGUUGUUUGCUUUCAAUGCGAUGGUCAACAUUAUACCGGACGAGAGACUAGACAGAUGUCCAUUGCCAUAG